GCACGCGUGACGGUUACCGGCUGGAGAGCCGGAGGUGGGACCGGGAGCAGGGGACCGCAGAACAGGGCCGCGCUCCUCCCCUCCUAGAGUUCGUGGACGCGCAGCAGGGGGCCGUCUCUCUUCCGGACGUCGGACUAAGCGAACAGCGCCCCCCAACCGGCCGGUAGCAGCCGGAAGUGCCAGACCGGAGGUGCGUCAUUCAGCGGCGACGCCGAUACGGUUCCACCACCGAGGCCCAUGCGAAGCUUUCUACUAUGGCUUCCAGCGGGGUCCCGGUCAGCGCUGCUGGUUCGGCUAAUGAAACUCCCGAAAUACCAGACAACGUGGGAGAUUGGCUUCGGGGCGUCUACCGCUUUGCUACUGAUAGGAAUGACUUCCGGAGGAACUUGAUACUAAAUUUGGGACUCUUUGCUGCGGGAGUUUGGCUGGCCAGGAACUUGAGUGACAUUGACCUCAUGGCACCUCAGCCAGGGGUGUAGCCAAGUAGACAAAUGGAAUCCUGUGCUGAACCCGAAUCUUCCAAAAAACAGCCUACAAUCUGUGACCACCACAAGAUGUGCCCUGAUGGCAGCUGAAGUUUGAUUCAGAUGGGCACUUUUCUUCCCUUUCCCUGCCUAGUUUCCUUUUGUUCCUUGAGUCCACGCAGAAUUCCAUUCUCUGGUCAGCAGACAGGCUUAAGCUAAAGUAUUGCCUCUAUUCUGUAAAGUUCUGUACAUAGUUCCCAAGCUUCUGCAGGGGGUGAUCUUUGCUCUUGUCCUGAGAAAUAACAGUGCUGUUUUAACAAACAUUUGAAAUAAAUACUGCACACAAAGGCA